AUGUCCUCUUCCUCGUCAUGGAAUCCUGACGCCCAAGAAACAAGCUACGUCGAAAUGCGCGACAAAACAGACGCGUCGCUCGUGGGCAAGCAUUGCCAGUACGAGUACUGCAACCAGCUCGACUUCCUCCCCUUUCUGUGCCAAUCCUGCACAAGGACGUAUUGCCUCGACCACAGGUCCGAGUCGGCGCACAAGUGCGCAAACCCCGGGGCCUGGGCGGAGCGCAAGAGGCUGGCCCAGCUGUCGCGGCCGUCCAUCGGGCAAGACAAGGUGCUGCGCGAUAGGGUCUCGCAGAAGCCAUGCGCGACGCCCGAGUGCAAGACGGUCGUGGGCACGUCGCUCACCCCCGGGGUCCACUGCCAGACGUGCAACCGGGACUACUGCCUCAAGCACCGCUUGCAGGAGGACCACGACUGCAAGAACCUGGUGCCCGUCGGAGCGCGGCCGGCGCAAAUCGACGUCGCCCAAAAGACCAGGUCCGCCCUCGACAAAUUGCGCGCAUGGGGGUCCUCGAAGCGGGAGCAGGCCGAGAGGGUCCUGCCAAAGCCCAAGCCAAGCUCCACAGCCGCGCGGUUGGCCGCUGUCGCCAAGCUCAAGAAGAGCGCCAAGGGCCGCAAGGAUGUGCCCGAGGAUAAGCGCAUCUACCUCUACGUCGAGGCAGAGGCGGAGACGGCAAAGGCCAAGUUGCCAAAGGGCGAGUUCUUCUACUCCAAGGACUGGGUGGUGGGGAGAUUGCUCGACGAGGCCGCGCAAGGCCUGCAGGUCCAGAACAUGAACAACCAGAGCUCGGACGAGAGGGACAAGCUGCGCGUCUUUCACGUCGAGGGGGGGCGCUUGCUCGAGUUUGGUGAGAAGAUUGGGAAUGCCUUGAAGAGCGGCAACACGGUUAUUCUGUUGAGAGGAGUCGGACCGCCUCCGUCGCUGAUGGACAUGUAA